AUGAUGGAGAUAAAGAACGCUAUUAGCAAUACGGUUAAGAAGGGUCGGGCUCGUAGAAAGAAAGAGAACCGUAGCCGCAGGAAGCGUAGCCGUUCAGCUAAGGCCAGGGCUAAGAUGGCUUCACAAAUAACAACUAAAAAUAAUAUGAAAUCACCAGUGAAGUGCGCUGUUCAUGCUUUUCUACUACGUUAUCAAAGUGCAUUAAGGAAGGUGCCUUCUCAAUUGCCACCGAAAAUACACGCCGGCCCGCCUUCUAAGAGGGUUAAACGGGUGUCGUGGUGUCAUGACGAAAAUUCGAUCUCGGGAGGCAAUGGCGACCCGGCAGUGUUGGCGAUGGGCCCGGUACGGAAGACGCUGACGUACACGCGCGACGAGCUGAUGCGUAUACGCAACUCGCCGCUAGUAAAGCAGGGUCUUGAGAACGCGUUCGCCGGGAAUGAAGUGAUGGCGCUAGUAUUAAAGAGACGAUCAGAUUCACCCCACGAGGAAGAGAAAGGAGCGAAGGGUGACGCACCCAAUGAAAAUCAUAAGGGUAUCUUUAGUCGUGAGCGUGAUCGCGAACGGCGUUCGGCCGAUCCGCGUGAGCGAGUGCGUAAAGAGAGUGAGAGCGGUGGGGGGAUAGUGUUGUCUCCUCAACGCCGUUUGUUCACCUCUGGUUGUGGAGCACCGGGGGCACCAGUCGCUCAACCGCCCCCCCAACUGGCUAGGACGCGCCCGGAGUCGCCCUUGUCUGCCACUGCCCCCCAAACUGUGCAGAAGACGGAGCAAGCUGGUCGUCGAAUCGGCUCGGGUAGGAUAAUGGUCCGCGACGUACCAACAAGUGGUUGGGAGGAGAACGAAUAUCGGCCAACAGCGGAGAUCUAUCGCCCUCCCGGCGCGUUGCGCGAGCGUGAACGCGAACGCGACCGUGAUCGCGACCGUGGUGAGCGUGAUCGUGACCGUGACGACCGACGUGAUGACCGACGAACCAAUGGUGAUAGGUUUGAGCGACGUUCAUUUGGAAGAGAUUCUUUCUCUUCUGACAUGAAACGGGAGAGAGAUGACAGAUUUAACAACGACAAGCACCGAGACAGGGAGGACAAUCGCAGGUCAGGACGAUACGGUAGGAGGUAUGACAAAGAAGAUGAGCCCGAAUGGUUUAGCGGAGGGCCGACAUCUCAGUUGGAGACGAUUGAGUUGCGGGGCUUCGACGAACCUGUUAAGAAGACUAAUGGGAAGGAAAAGGAAAAGGAAAAUGAGAAAUGGAAUAACAACAAUGGGUCUCAAUCGCCUGUGGAGAAGUGGAGAAAGGAAACAUCUUCCCCCAAUCAGACUGAGACGGCAAAUACAACUAGUGAUAAGGAUUCAGGCGUGGAGUCCAAACCUGAGGAACCGGCUGUCAAUAAUGAUCAACCCGAUUUUAAUUUGGAUGAAUUCCUCCAAUUCGACCAAAUACCCGAAGUGCUUACUAACGGCACAGGAGAUACUGAAGAGAGCAGAUUCAGUCGGUGGUUCCGGAGAGAGAGUCCCACGAAUGAUUCGAAGCACUAUGAACGACUGAUGCAUAAUAUGGUUGAUGAUCUCGAUAAUUCAACAAAAAUAGAACCACCUACUAGUACGAUGAAUAUGAGUGGAAUGCCCAUGGGCGGUAUGCUUAAUGGUGUGACCGCUAUGAAUAACUUGCCCAUGGGUGGCUUCAUGGAGCAGCCGUUUAAUCCACCUGCCAGCACGCCAUCUUUGUUGGAUCUGCUGAGGGCGAACCCAUAUCCGGAUGAGAGACCAGAAUUGAAUUCGAACGUAAGCGGUAAGAUUCACAGCUUAGAAGAGCUUGAAGCUCGUCUGCGACCGCAGCCCCCUGCGCAUGCGCAGCCACCGCCAACUGACAGAGACUUGUCUGCCUUCAAACGACUCCUAGCGCAAGUAUCAGGUGGUCACGUGGUUCCCGCGGAUCGUGCGCGUGCGCCUCCGACCGCGCAUCAUGCUCACCACAACGCGCCUGCGCAACCCAUGAGCCUUUUGCAGAUGUUGAACAAAAGUUUGGAAAAGCAACAGCAGCAGCAACAACAACAACAGCAGCAGCAGAAGGUGCAGCAGCAGCCGCACAUCCCACCGGAGCUCCUAUACAAGCUCCUACAUGUACAGCGGCAGCAACAAGCGCCGAGUAGCGAGAUGGGGCCUGUGGGUCUUUCGAACGCUGAUAGAGAACUGCUACAGCGGCCUGAAGCCCAAGCUAUCAUACAUGGUCUUAAAGCCGGUGAGAUUACAGUUCAGCAUCUGAUGCAGCAGCUGGGUAACCCCGGUCUGCAAAGCAGGCACCGGGAAGUUUUGCUCACCAUACUCCGGCUGAACCAUCAGAGACAGCAAAUGGUCGGUUCCCCUCUUCCGAACGUGAACCCUCAUCUCGGAGUCUCUCAUCAUCAGCCACUGAGGCUCUCACCAGUGCCGCAGACAGGUCGUAUACCGUCCCCAAGGGAAAUGAUCCACUCGCAGUCGCUGAUGCAGGGCGCGAUUCUAAAGAAGAAGUUGGAGGAACGCCAUCGACGUGAGAUGCAGCAGCAGCAGAUCAAGCAUCCCACGCCCAUCUCGUUUACACCCACCUCGGUGUUACGUAAGAUGACGGCAGAGAAGGAGUCGGACUCGCCAAGCCCCAAGCAGUGGAGCCAGCCCCACAAGCUACCCCAAGGCAGGCCCAUUGUUAAGGGAAACCAAAGCGGUGGAGCGCCCAUGGGCUAUGCUCCUUCACCCAGUGAUUAUCACUACAUGAGCCAACAGCCAAUGAGUGGUGUACGUCAAUUCCCCCAUCAACAACCGAGACAACCCGUUAAUAAUACGUUUAACAUGAACAUGAGCCGAGGAAUGUCGGGCGGUACCACGCUGCAUCAGCUUCUAGUGAAUUCGCACCAGAGGUCGUUGAAUGAAGUGAACAGCGGUGGUGGUGACAACCAGCUAGCCAAGUGGUUUUCGCCGGAAUUACUUGCGCGUGCCUCCGAGGGCAAACUGCCAUCAGUACACGUCCCUAAUGCCCUCUCCUUAGAAGACCUUGAGCGACACCACCACUCACCUGCGCCGCCGGUGCGCAACUGA